AUGGGAAUUAUCGACGAUAUUAAGGACACCUUGUCGAAGGCGGUGUUCACCCCCUCCACUCUGUUAAGCGGCCGAGGUGGGCUCCACAUGUGUCAGAUCCUCCUGUGUCUGGUCACUUUUGUCCUGGGCCUCUUCAGAGGAACGAGCAGCCACACCUACUGGAACUACGCCAUGUUCACCUGGGCCUUCUGUCCCAUCAUGACCCUCAUCAUCACCAUCAUCGAGAUGUUCAAGCUGGACAUCAUCCUCAAUAUGUUUUGCAUGGACUGGGCUGACUUCACCACAGGGAUGGCCAUGUCUUCCUCUCUCAUGACUGUCUCUGUUGCUAUUUUCUACGGCAACUUCUAUGGCUGCCUGAAAUGCCUGUACGGCCUGAUAGUGACUGUAUUCGCCAUUGUAUGUGCCAUUUUGUACGUUCUUGAAGUGGUGAAGGACAAAAUCUUGGACAGGAAGAAGGGGAGCUACCUGGCUGCUUUGCCUGGUUUCUGGAAAGUUCUGGAGGCCUUUGUGAGCUGCAUGAUUUUCAUUUCUUUGUCUGGUUACAGAGACAGGUUCAUUCUGAUCUUAUGUGUUGUGGCGUACGUCAUUCCUUUUCCCAUCCUUCCUUUAAUCAUUGCCACCAACAUCCUGAAGAAACUGAAGAAGUGUUUGCCUUUUAACCUGGACAGAUUUGUCUUCAUAUUUCUGGUGAUCUCUGUAAUACUCUAUAUAUUUACUGCCAUUGUGUACCCCAUUUUUAUGUUCAAGAACAACCCUCGUCCACAUGACUGCCCACCAAAUUUCUGUAUCUGGGCCAUUCAGUUUAUGGUUGCCUUUUUCACCUAUGUCAAUCUCAUUCUUUUCAUAGUGGAUCUGGUUUUUACCCUUCUGGGAAUCUGUGGCUUUAAACGCAAUUAA